AUGUCUCCCUCCAGCACUGAGAAGCUAGGGACGCCCGAGUCUCCUGAAGCGACUAUUGAGAAGGCUGCAGCGUCCGCAGAAGAGAUUUGGCCCACAAAAGACUUUGGUCUCGUACCGAUCCCGAAGAGACUCCAAUACAAUCCCACCAAGCCUUUUCACUUUGGCAUCUUGCUUAACGCCUCCUUCGGGUUUGCUAGCACAUUCAUCGUCGGUAACUUGUACUAUUGUCAACCGCUGUUGAUCGAGUUUUCUGAAUCAUUCAAUGUAACAUACGACGAGGUUUCACGGUGUGUCAUUUCUUCCAUUUCGUCCAAUCUGGCUAAGUGUGAUUGUGAUAUUAGUAUCCCUACCCUCACUCAAGCAGGGUAUUUGGUGGGAUUACUUCUCAUAUCACCCCUCGGCGACCUUGUUCGACGCAGACAACUUGUGUUACUGCUGGUUGCGUCAUCUACUACUCUCACAAUAGGAUUAGCCGUCACCAAGAAUCUCCGCGUCUUCGAGAUCUUGUCUUUCUUGGUCGGCGUUGCAACUGUCACUCCCCAGAUCUUGAUGCCUCUAGCUGCAGAUUUGGCUGCACCUGAUCGCAGAGCGUCAGCAUUGUCUGUGGUGCUCUCAGGUCUCAUGCUAGGCAUCCUGAUCGCUCGUGUCUUGGCUGGCGUCAUAGGCAAUUUUACAACCUGGCGUGUAGUCUACUAUAUGUCAAUUGGUGUUCAAUCACUCGUUCUCAUUGGCGCCUACCUCGUUCUUCCCGACUAUCCUGCCAAAAACCGCGACUUGACAUACUUCAAAAUCCUUUUUUCGAUGGCCAAGUAUGCGGUAACGGAGCCACUUGUCAUACAGGUGGCCAUUAUAAAUGUUGCAUCCAGCGCAUGCUUCGCGAGUUUCUGGGUCACUCUCACCUUCCUUCUCGGGGGUCCGCCCUACUACUACUCCACUCUCGUAAUUGGUCUCUUUGGUCUCAUUGGCAUGCUAGGCGUGCUCGUCGGACCUUUCGCAGGACGUCUUAUUGAUAGGCUGGUCCCUUGGUAUGCGACUUUGGUAGCCACUAGUUUGCUUCUAGUUUUCCAAGCUGUGCAGACUGCAGCAGGUGGGAUCAACGUUGCAGCUGUCAUCAUCGCAUGCUUCGGGCUUGACGUUGCGCGUCAGUCUCAGGAAGUCUCCCUGUCGGCUCGGGUCCUGAGCAUAUCUUCCGCAGCUCGUGCACGCUUGAACGCCAUCAUCCUUAUAUCACUGUUAAUCGGACAGGUGAUGGGCACGUCUGUUGGCACCCAAGUUUUCGUACAACACGGAUGGAGAGCAUGUUCACUGCUUAUGCUGGCGCUACAGGGCUUCCAAAUUAUAAUUUUAUUGCUCCGCGGUCCACAUUGUCCUCGAAAGCGUUGGUUUGGUUACGAAGGGGGCCUGGAGGCGCGCAAACACGUUGUCUCGGAGAGGGAGAAAGCACAGUGUAGCGGAGAGUGGAAAGUAAAACACGAUACAGAGGCACAGAAGGAGGCACCGACGCAAGGUGGUGAAGUCAUACGGUCCGACACAACAUAG